GUUACGUUUGAAACACUGUUGUAAGAUUUUUUAAUUUUUUAUGCAAUAACGUAUCCAGGUAAGAAUGAGAAGACGAAAAACUAAAAUACUGAUUAUGAAUUUAUAUUUGCAUUGGAAUUUAUAUUUGCAUAUUGGAAGUCUCUUCAUUUUGCUUGCAAGCUGCACCAUCAUAUCAAUUGAUGAUAGAAAAAAACAAUCAAAAAAUGAAGGGAUCAGUUCCGUUUACGCUAAAAAUUUGUCUGGAACAAAUAAAUUGCUACUUUUGAACUUGAAACACAAUAAUCUAAAUAUAAUUAAGAAUUAUUUUAUUUUAAAUAAAAUAUAUUGGCCAUUCCAAAAAUUCAACAGCAGCAACAAGAGACAACGAAGAGCAAUCCAUUUUAAAGAUUUCAGAAAUGGCCAUAGACCAAUAAGGAAUAACAAACGUAAGUGGCCUAAACAUCAAGUUCGUCAUCGUAAAAAUAAUCUCAAACAAGCAAAGAAAAACAAUAAAUUUAAAAUUAGAAAGAUGAGAAAAUUUUAUACCAUAGAAAAUUUCAAGAAGAAAAGAUUAGCUAACGAGAAAAUAAGCCGUAAUGAUGGAAUAAUGUAUUUCAAUACAUUCGAACCUUCAUAUAAAGAAGAGUUGUUCGUUAUUACAACAGGCCUUUUAGGAGGAAUAUCAUUGAUUUUGUUAAUUAGUUUCAUAAUAUUUACUAUAAAAAAGAAGUUGGGAUCAAAUUCAUUACGCAUCGAAAAUAAACUUACUGCCGCUGAUUAUGGGAUUACUACUACCACGUCCGAAUCGGAUUUUGAUGAAAGUGUAAUUAAAGCAACGCGUAAACUUCAAUAUACCGAAUUACCAUUAGAAUCCAAUUUACCGGUUAGAUUCGAUACGGGUAUUCAAUGUGUGCCAGAUAUCAACAAAUCUGAGAAUAUAACGCCUGAAAACGAAGAAACGAGAGAACUAAUUCGAAGAAAUUCAAUCGAAGCAAUUACUCCACAGCUUAUGGAGGAGGAACAAGAAUUAAAAUCGAAUAAGCAAGAUAUCGUAAAUGAUGAAUACCCUCAGAAAGAACUUAUUUCCACUCCUAAAAUAAGCUUGGAUAAAACCAUAAAAAAUAAUGAAAUAUAUUAUUAUUCUGACGAAACGUUUGAUUCUGAUCCUCUAACGGACAUAAAAAGUAAGAUAUUAAUAUUCAGUUCAAGUUCGUCAUCUCUUGAAAUAUUAGAAUCACACAACGAGGAAGACGAUAAAAGUGAAAUCGGUGAUCAGUUUAAUGAAGAUAUAAAAUAUCGGAAACGUGAACAGAAUAAAGAAAAAGGAUGUAUAUUUGAGGUUCGAACAAGACGUAUAAACAGCAAGCAAUCAUCAAAAUCAAAAGAUGAAGAUUCUGAAACAAAUACAUCGCUUCGAACCGACUCUCUAUCUUCUUUAAUACCAAUGUCGUCUUCAACAACACCAAGAACAUCCUACACAUCGGAGAAUGAUUCAAAAUUAAAAGAUAGACUAAAAACAGUUUCAAAAGAUACUAAAAUCAAUAAAUCUUUUAUUUUAGAUAGAGUCAAGAAAGAGAAUUUCUAUUUUAACGAAAACGAAACAAUUCGCGAAACAGAAAGGCGAAAUCGACACACUCAAAUAAUUCCAGAGGAAUCUGUAAGCAGUGAGAGUGACGAAUGGCCACGUUUACAAUCUCGAAGAAGCAAAGAACAUUUUAAACUUCUACUUCCAAAUUUGUCGAAUAAAACACCUCAAUUACUAAGUCACUGGAAAGUUCAGGAGUGGCUGCAGCGGCAAUAAAAACUUAUGCCAGCGAUAUUGUUGAUAACGAGUGUUAUUUUCUCUUUUCAAAAGAUCCUACAUACGGUUCAACUCCACGAUCUUCAGACAAACAGAAAAAAUCUAAAUAUAAAUCAUUUGUUCGGAUAGAUUCACCGUUUCUAAAGGUAGACGUAGGUAUCUUCUUAAUUCCGGCAAAGGAAAGUGCAAAAAUCAGAAAGUAAAAUGCCUGUUUUCUAUGAUAUCAAACGUAAAGAAAGUACCUCGUGGUCAUCCUUUCAGGUUUACCAGAAUACAAAUUAUGAUCAUCUAGUUCAGGGGUGGUCAACAGUUAACAGUUCUUGCCCCGGGCCGAAAUGGAAAGAAAACUUUUUUCACGGGCCGAACCAAA